AUGGGUAUAUCAAAAACAAAAUCAUUAGCAAGAGCCUAUUUUUGGUGGCCAAAAUUAGAUGAGAACAUUGAACAGAUGAUGAAAGCCUGUGAUGUGUGCAUGACGUUAAGGCAUAAUCCUCCUAUCAGUAAAAUUAUUAAUUGGCCAGGAGCAAGCAAACCAUAUGAGAUAGUUCACAUAGAUUUUCUUGGUCUUAUUCACACUAAAACAUAUUUAAUAAUUACAGAUGCAUAUUCAAAAUGGCCUGAAUUCUUUGAGAUGACAACUACAGAUUCAACUAAGACAUUAGAGAAGCUAAGAGAAACCUUAGCACGUUUUGGUUUACCUUAA